UGGGCUCGUGCAGAGGAAGGAAGGGGUUCGUUCAUUCGUUGGCUCCAUCAGCGCCGGUGGCACCCACACCUUAGCGCCGCCGGCAGGACAACAACAAUACUCUUUAGCCGCCAGCCUGCCAGCUAGCAUGAACAACCAAAGGCUCGGACUGCUCGUGUUUUCACUCGCCUGCAUUAGCUCAGGCCGUGUUUUUGCAGACGAGGGUCACUUCGGGUAUGAUGGAUCACUAGGACCGAAAUUUUGGCCGAAAAAUUUCCAGACAUGCGCUGGCAAAUAUCAAUCACCCAUAGACAUUGAAGAACACUUGGUGACACGCGUUAGUUACCCGCCAAUAAGAUACCACGGUUUCGCAGACAAACCCGUUGGGUCUACCCUCACAAACAACGGCCACACUGUGAUGCUCCAGCUUAAUACCGAGGAGCCCCUUGCAGUGUCUGGGGGCCCUUUGAAGGACCGCUACUUGUUUCAGCAGCUUCAUUUUCAUUGGGGACAUAAUGACUCAGUCGGCAGUGAAGACACCAUUAAUAAUCACAGUUUUCCUAUGGAAUUGCACAUGGUUUUCUUCAAUCAAAAGUAUCACAAUUUCACCAACGCGCUCAAUCACGAAGACGGAUUAACAGUCAUGGCAUUCUUCUAUGAGGUUAGCGCGGAGGACAAUUUUGUGUACGCAGAAAUUGUUGAACACCUGCCGACAGUGGUGCUGCCCCACUCUGAGGCGAAGCUGUCCAGACAACUGCCACUGGAGCUGCUGUUGCCCAAUGACAAGUCACAAUACUACACAUAUCACGGAUCUCUGACUACUCCUCCUUGCUCUGAGGUUGUCACUUGGAUCGAUUUCAAAGAGUCCAUCCUACUUUCUCAUGAACAAGUUGAAGAGUUCAGAAGCCUGCAGGAUACUGAUGGCGAUACUAUGACUCAUAAUAACCGCCCAGUCCAGCCACUAGGAAAUCGAGUUGUUUACUUCAAUGAACGGGAGGACUACUCCUCUGCAGUUUGCUCUAAGUCAGCGCUAAUUUUGAUUAGUGCACUUUUUAUUGCGUUGCUGGCAACAAAUUAAUAAUUUAUUGCUAAA